AUGCUCAACUUCAUCGGCGAGUACUUCUCGCCCCGCGAGCAGCGCGAGGACGCGCCUCCGGCUGCUGGCUUGGGCGACGCCGAGGCCUCGGAGGCUGCACCGGACCCUUCGCCACCAGCGCCGGACGGGCAGGAGGUCGAGCAAGGGGCCUCUGGGGAGGAUCUCACAGCCUCCGGGGCUGCCGAGGACGGCACCGGCGCAGCACUCACGCCCCACGAGGGCCCAGCCGCCGCCCCUGGGGCGGCCGACGCGCCCGAGGGCGAUCCAGCAGCCAACCAGCCAGAGGCGGCCAGCCACGCGGCGCAGGUGGCGGCUCUCAGAGCCACCCUCGCCGCUGCCUCGGCGAGGACUGCCGCCGCCACGGCAGCAGCAGAUGCCUCCUCAUCGUCCGACUACGACGACGACGACAGCGCGAGCGCCGAUGAGGGCGGCCCGAGCGAGCCAGCUCCCGUGGCGCAGCUGGCCGGCGCCCGAGGCUUCAAGCUCAACCUUGGACAGGUGCCGCAGGAUGCCGUCGAGGGCGGCAAGCCGGUGGCGGUGCCGCCGACGCCAACGGCGGUCGGCGACGGCGCCAAGGACCAGACGCCCGCAGCAGCAGCGAUGGCGGCCGGCGCGGCCUCGUCGACGCCUCGGACGGCCGGCGCGACCCCGCGGCAGGGAGAGGAGGGCGCGCGGCCGCGGCUGCAGCGAGGGGCGUCCCAGCGCAUGCGCGGCGUCCUCCUCUCGCAGUCCUCCUCGCCAGCCCUCUUCAGCCAGCAGCAGCGCUCCAUCUUGCAAGCAAUCGGCCCUCGGCUGGCAGAGUUGCCAGACUUGCCUCGCACGCCGCAGUCGCGGGUGCUCGCCGCUGCGCUCAAGUCUCUCCCGCCGCUGCCGCCGCUGCCGGCCGUCUCCGCGAAUGACAAGGAGUUCCCCGCGGCGGCGGUCUCGAUGUCGCGCCUGAUCAUCGAGCUCGCAGACCGCUGCUUCGACCUCGGGCAGUACGCGAGCGGCGAGGCGAAGGAGAAGGCGGCGGCCAUCACGCUCAAGGCCCACGACAACAGGCUCAAGGCCAACGAGCUCUCUCCCGUCCGCGAGUGGCAGCGCAAUAUGCGGUGGUACGCCUCGAUUGCCCUCUCCCUCGGCCCGCUCGCGGGUCGUUCGCGCGACCAGCUCUCCCUCGCGCCGUCGGACGGCUGCCGCCCUAAGUCAGAGUCGCAGCUCAGCGCGGGAACCGGCCACAGCCCGAGCGGGGCGGCCGGAAGGGUGAACGGAGCGUCGAUCAACUCGUCCGUCGGAUCCUCCCACGGCACCCGGGAGGGCGAGAGCGGCGGCAGCCCGUUUGUCGAGGGGCGGCCGCCCGAGCGCGAGCGCACCGUCGCGGCCGUCAACCGGCAGGCCAUCCUGCAGGAGCUGCGCGAGGCGGACCAAAAGCUGCAGCACUCGCACCCCGCCUUCGCGCCCUCCCGCGCCUCCUUCGAGGCCGCGGACGCGCAGCCGUUCGUCGAGGCGCUGCAGCGGGUGCACGCCGCCGCCACUGCGCUGCACCAAGAGCUCAUCGCGACUCUCGAGCUGCCGCCCGCCGCCGCCCGGCUGCUGCCCAAGGCGGCCAAGGCGCUGCUGCCCAACGACGUGACUGCUGCCCUCGACAAGCUCGCCACCGCCUCCGACACCAAGGCGGUCGAGCGGGUUGUGCGCAGGCUCAAGGUGGGCACCGCCAGCCCAGACUCCGCGCUCGAGCUGCUCGACCGCGUGCAGCGCGCCGCCGAGGUCUGGCGGAUCAAGUCUCGCGCCACGGGUGCCGCCGCGCCCGGCGGCUCGACCGACGCCGAAAGCGCGGCGCGGCUGCUCCAGACCCAAGAGGGGUCGUCCCCUGACCCGAGCCCGGCUGCUCGGCGCGGCGGGUGGGCCUCCAUGCUCAAGAUGGGCGGCGCGCCCCGCUCCCGCGCCGUGCGGCUGCAGGCGCGGUGCUUCGCGGCACGACAGCUGUGCGUGGAGAUCCGGCGCGCGCAGCCGGACUUGGGGACGACCUCCUGCGAGGCGUCGAAGGUGUCGGCGAACGGGCAGGUUGCGCUCGCAAUGCUCGUCGCGUACGCCACCGCGCUCUCCUCGCACGCACGGCCCGCCGUGCGCUUCUACUCGCGGCUCGCCGUCUCCUCCAUCCCCGCCGUCUCCCCCGUCGAGCUCUGC